AUGUAUUUUGAUAACUUUGAAGGAAAAGUGCCAACGAAAGGAGUGUUCAACAACAGUGCAUUCUCGGUUGUUGGGAACAACGAGUUAUGUGGUGGGAUUAAGCCACUUCGAUUGGCUACUUGUCCUACAGAAACUGCAAAGAAAGGGAAGAACUUUCCACGUAGAGCGAUAAUUGCAUCUGGUAUUGUCCUCUUCCUUAGUUUGUCAAGAAAGAAAGAGGACAUUGCCACAACUUCAGAUAGGAAACAUCCAAAACUUUCCUACACCGAGCUCCUUCAUGCAACCAACAGUUUCUCUUCAGCCAACUUGAUUGGCAAGGGAAGAUAUGGGUUAGUCAAUAAAGGGAUUCUAAGUGGUGAUGAUCAAACAACAGUUGCUGUGAAAGUACUUAAUCUUCAACAACGGGGUGCUGAUCAAACUUUCAAGGCUGAAUGUGAAGCUCUUAGGAAGCUUAGGCAUCGAAAUCUCGUCAAGGUCAUUACUUCUUGCUCAAGCAUUGAUUUUCAAGGUAACAACUUCAAAGCCUUGUUGUUCGAGCUCAUUCCAAACGGGAGCUUAGAAAAUUUGUUAGAUCCAAGUUCAACCAAGGUACAUAAUUUGGCAAGCUUAAAUCUAAUUCAGAGGCUCAACAUUUCCGUUGAUGUAGCCUCUGCAUUAGAUUAUCUUCAUUCCCAAUUCGAAGGGCCAGUCAUCCAUUGUGAUCUAAAGCCAAGCAAUAUUCUACUUGAUGCUGACCUUACAGCCCAUAUUAGUGAUUUUGGCCUAACAAGGUUUCUUUCCGAGAAAAUCGAUCAAUCCAUUUCCGAGCAAAGCAGUUCGGUGGGAAUUAGAGGAACCAUGGGAUAUAUUCAUCCAGGUAACUCCAUACCACAUAGAUACAAUUUUGUAUUUGAUACAAUGAUAAUCAUCUUAAUGAUCUUGUCUGGAAUUGCAAAAUAUGGAAUGAGUAGGAAAAUAUCUACACAUGUCGACAUGUACAGCUAUGGCAUCAUUUUAAUGGAGUUGUUUACGGGCAAAAGACCGACUGACAACAUGUCUACAGUAGAGUUAAGCUUACGUGAGUAUGUAAAGGUUGCCAUGCCUGAUCAUGUGAUGGAAAUAGUUGAUGCUAGGCUCAAUUGUGAACAUGAAGCAGGUGCAGCCUUCAAUCAAAAUGGGAAAUGCUUGGGCUCGGUGUUUAGCAUAGGAGUGUCCUGCUCGGACGAUUCACCGAGUGAACGAAUGAAUAUCAAAGAUGUGCUGAGAGAACUUCACAAGGCUAGAAAUAUGCUACUUGGAGAUCACAAGAGACGAGCGUUGCAAAGCUUCAGUUCAUCAAAGAAGGCUUUAGACAUUCCUAUCAAAUAG